AUGACGCGUCUGUGGAUCCGCCCGCGCACCUUCCCUCCGUCCUCAAACUGCCGUUGUCUCUUCGGCGAUCCGUGCUGGCCCGGGCCUGCCGAAUUCGCGCGGCUGGAACACCAUGUCUCACAGCCCCUCCUCCAUCCCGUCCCCCCGGCGUCCCCGUGCUACCCCGUGUCCGCGCCGUCUGGAGACUGCGCGGAUGUGCACGCGCAAUGGACGAACGCGUCCUGGCGCGCGGAGCGGCCGGGGGCGAUGCAAGGUGCGGUCUUCGAGACGUUCGUGUUCCCGAACGGGACGACGAGCGCGUGCUUCAUGGACACCGCGCUCGGCGUCCCGUGCACGCAAGGGAGCGUGCCCGUCGUCGGCGUCGACGCGCGCGCGAUCGAAGACGUCCAGGCGGCCGUCCGCUUCGCCGCCGCGCACAACCUCCGCGUCGUCGUAAAGACCACUGGCCAUGACCUCUUGGGACGGAGCACCGCACGCGGUGCAUUUAUCAUAUGGACGCACAACAUGAAGGACAUCACCUUUCACCGAUCCUUCACGCCUGCCGGUGCGCCGCCCGAGUCGGAGACACAUGACAACGCCAUCACGUUGGGCGCCGGUGUUCAAUGGGAAGAAGCGUAUGAAGCUGUGAACGCCAAAGACCGGGCCAUCGUCGGUGGACAGUCUCCCGGCGGCACUGUGGGCGCUGCAGCCGGUUGGGUACUCGGCGGCGGGCACAGCCCUCUGUCGCCGACGUUUGGUCUAGGCGUCGACAAUGUGCUCGAGUUCGAGAUGGUGAGCUCGAACGGCACGGUCUUCACCGCAAAUGCGCACCGGAACACGGACCUUUUCUUUGCGCUGCGAGGAGGCGGCGGGGGCACGUACGGCAUUGUCACGAAGACCACGUACCAGACGCACCCGAACCUCCCGCUCACCGCUGCAGUCUUCGCCGCGUCGUCGAACUCGUCGAGUCUUACCGCGCCAGUGCAAAGUCUGCUCCUCAACCUCCUCAAAGCGCUUCCUCAGCUGUCUGACGAUGGCUGGUCUGGAGUGACCUCGCUUUCCACAGACCCGACCACCGGCACGCUAGGGUCCUCUGGGACUUUCGUCCUCGUUAACGGCACCUCGGCGCAGGCAAACGCCAGCAUCAACCCGUUCUUCUCCAAGGCCGAGGCGCUCAGCAAUGCCUCCGACGGCGGGCUGACGGUGCAGGCCGCGUUCACGACGCCCCUCCCGUCCUACUUUGCCUUCCUGAACGCGUUCGCCACUCCCGACACCGCAGGUUCAAACGGCGCCGCGGGCUCGUGGCUGCUCCCGCGCGACGUCAUCGAGCGGCACCCCGAGCGCGUCGCGCGGACGCUCGCUCCGCUGCAGAGCUUGACCAUCCUGCUCGUCGCAGGCGGCGCGGUCGCGCGCGUGCCCCCGGCCGCGAUGGGCCUCCUCCCCGCCUGGCGCUCCGCGCUCGUGCACGCCCUCUUCGCCACCGGCUGGGCCGAGGGCACGCCCGCCGACGUCAUCGCCGGCCGCGUCGACGAGGUGCGGCGGAACAUGACCGCCCUCCGCGCGCUCGCCCCGCACUCUGGCGCGUACUUGAACGAGGCGAGCCCCUUCUCUCCCGCGUUUUUCGGAGACCACCACACCGAGCUGAGGGCGAUCAAGGCCGUCUACGACCCGAUAGAUCUGUUCGUAGUCCGCGAUGGGAUUGGUUCGAACGAAUGGGACUCUGAGCUGGUUUGCAAACUGCCCAAUCUCAAGAUGUCCGCUUCUGCUCGUUGA